CUUCGCCUUCGUUAAUAGCCCCCCCUUUAUCCAGCUCAGCUUUGUUUUGCAGCUCAUACCGUACCAUCAGCCAGGCUCGGAUCCUCGUGGCCAGAUCACGCUUUAUAACAUAACCCAUCAUGGCCGGCUCAUCUCGACCCCUACGAUCUUCGGAUGUCCCUUCUUUCAUCUUCUUCCACAUCCUGCACCGAGAUCAACCAUGAACGGUGCAGAGACAAACAGUGGGGAUAAUGGUGCGCCACAGCCCAUUGCCAUCAUUGGCUAUGCCUGUCGACUGCCAGGCCAUGUCACAUCUCCCCUUGAUCUGUGGGAGCUCUGUACUCGGGGCCGCAGUGGCUGGUGUCCCAUCCCCAAAGACCGUUUCUCCUUUGAAUCCUUUCACCAUCCUAAUCCCUCCAAGACGGGGACCUUCAACCCCAAGGGGGGUUACUUCCUGGACGAGGAUAUAGCUCGUUUUGAUGCCCCCUUCUUCAACUUGACGGUCCAAGAAGCUAUAUCGAUGGACCCUCAGCAGCGACUACUACUGGAAUGUUCCUACGAAGCGUUGGAAAGUGCCGGUGUCCCCAAGGAAGAUCUCGCCGGACGAAACGUGGGCGUGUUUGUGGGCGGCAACUUCGCUGACUAUGAGUUAAAUAAUGUCCGCGAUGUCGAGACUAUCCCCUUGUACCAGGCUACUGGUUGUGCGCCUUCCCUCCAGUCCAAUCGUCUUUCCUACUUUUUCAACCUGCGCGGACCAAGUCUCACUGUCGACACUGCCUGCUCAUCCUCCCUUGUCGCCUUGCAUUAUGCCGUCCAGAGUCUGCGUAGUGGUGAGUCCAAAGAAGCCAUAGUUGGUGGAUGCAGGCUCAAUAUCGUUCCUGAUCUUUUCGUUUCCAUGUCCAUGUCACAAUUGUUCAACGAUGACGGCAAAACUUUCGCAUUUGAAGAAAGAGCAAAAUCUGGUUUCGCACGAGGUGAGGGCGCAGGUGUUGUGGUGCUGAAGCCACUUGAUGCUGCUCUGAGAGACCGAGAUCCCAUCCGCGCAGUUAUUGCCAAUUCUGGUGUAAAUCAAGAUGGAAGGACAAAGGGAAUUACACUGCCGAAUGGCGACGCCCAAGAAGAGCUUAUCCGUCGCGUGUACCGUGAGGCUUAUCUGAACCCGGAAGAGUGUGGCUUUGCAGAAAUGCAUGGCACUGGAACCAAAGCUGGUGACCCUAUUGAAGCAGCAGGAGUUUAUAGGGCGCUUGGACAGGGCCGGUCACCGGAAAACCCGCUCUAUAUUGGCUCGGUCAAAUCCAACGUCGGCCACCUCGAGGGUGCAAGUGGUGUAGUCGCCAUCAUCAAAGCAGCCAUGAUGCUUGAACGUGGGUUAAUUUUGCCCAAUGCAGACUUUCGCCGACCAAAUCCCAAUAUUCCUCUGGAUGAAUGGAAUAUGGCUGUCGCAACGACGCGGCCUUGGCCCCGAGGGAAGAAGUAUGCGAGUGUCUCCAACUACGGCUUCGGCGGUACCAAUGCCCACGUUGUACUCCAAAGGCCGCCCUUGCCAGCUGCAGCACCUAAAGAUGAUGUUGGAAUGGACCCCAAACGCAAACUAUUUCUGAUCUCGGCCAACGACAAGGAUUCCUUACGAGAAAGGAUCAAAGAUUAUGGUAUCUACUUCGAGCAGCAUCCCGAAGUCUUUGAAAAGGCUCUCGUUGGAAACUUCGCCUACACUGUGGGUAACAAGAUGUCCAAUCUCUCAUAUCGGGUCGCAGUGUCUGCCACAUCCCUGAAUGAGCUUGGAAUCCGCCUGGCACAGAUGAAAGUAAAUCCGGGUCGGGUUCUCGGAGCACCCACCAUCACAUUUGUCUUUACCGGUCAAGGAGCUCAAUGGGCUCAGAUGGGCAUUCCUCUUAUGCAAGAAUACCCUGUCUUUGCAUCGUCUCUGGAACGAGCCGAUCACUGGCUACAGAACUUAGGAGCUGACUUUUCCCUUGUGGAGGUGUUGCAGAAGGACACCGACACUUCUGAAAUCAACUUCCCUCAUCUAAGCCAGCCAGCUUGCACAGCACUACAAAUUGCACUUGUUGAUCUGCUCCAGUCCUGGUGCAUCAGUCCCACUUCUGUGAUGGGGCAUAGUUCUGGCGAGAUCAGUGCAGCCUAUGCGGCUGGUGUCUAUGACUUGGAGGCGGCCAUGACGCUUGCAUAUCGCCGGGGACAGACAACGCAGCUGCUGAAACAAUCUUUCCCGGAUUUGAAGGGUACUAUGAUCGCUGUUGGUGCUGGCUACGAAACUGUCAAGCCGAUGCUGAAGAGUCUCCGUGGAUACGCUACCGUGGCUUGUGUCAAUAGUCCCUCAAGUGUGACCGUGUCCGGAGAUGUGCCAGCAAUUGAUGAGUUGGAGAGGGCUCUACAAAGCAAGCAGCUCUUUAAUCGACGCCUGAAGAUUGACGUUGCGUAUCACUCCGACCAUAUGAAGUACGUUGGCGAGACGUAUUUGCGCUCAAUCGAGGCUAUCCACCCCUCCAGCUCGAGUACAGCUACAUUCUAUUCAUCUGUCACUGGUGAAAUCGCACACCCUUCGGAUCUGGGCCCAGCGUACUGGGUUCGGAAUCUCACAUCGCCAGUUCUGUUCCCCCAUGCUCUCGGUAAGAUUUGCGCUAAUGAGUCAAGCCGGCCCAAUCUUAUUGUCGAGGUUGGACCGCACUCUGCCCUCAAGGGCCCGAUUAUGGAUACCUUGAAGAACUUAGGGCCGGCAGCCUCGAAGAUCGGUUACUGUCCCACGGUCGUUCGGAAUGCAGACCCAGUUCAAUCUAUCCUUGACACCGCUACCGCUGCCUACGUGAGAGGGGCAGUUCUUAACAUGACAAACAUAAACUUCCCUUGCACUGGUGCUCAGAACCGUUCAUUCUUGACUGACUUGCCUCGAUAUCCUUGGCAGCAUGGGGUGCGGUAUUGGCAUGAAGGCCGCAUUGCACAAAAGCAUACGACCAGAGACGGCACGAGAAACGACAUCUUAGGUUUGAUGGCAAACUACUCCAACGACCUAGAACCAACAUGGCGAAAUAUCCUCCGUUUGGAUGAUGUUCCAUGGCUCCGAGACCACAAAAUGCAAGGAAUGACUGUUUAUCCAUUGGCUGGCUUUCUAAGCAUGGCCAUUGAGGCUGCUCAAAGACGUGCAGCGCAACAUGACAUUCAAUUCUCCCAUUACGAACUACGGGAGGUACUUGUGGGAUCAGCACUGGUGCUUACCGAUGAUACGGAUGUCGAAACGACCAUUUCUCUUCAGCCCUAUGCCGAAGGCACUCGCGGCACCUCAGACACAUGGGAUGAGUUCCGGAUUCACUCAUGGAAUACCAAGCGAGGCUGGACGGAGCAUUGUUCCGGUAUGGUUAGAGUUCGCGCGGCUCCAAAGCAACAGGCUGUUGUGGUUUCGAGCGCCACUGAGACUGAACACAAUCACAUCAAGACUCAAAUUUCCAAAGUACAGGCUGCUGCCACUUACAAGAUAGACUCACAGCACAUGUACCAGGUCCUCACAGACCUGGGCGCCGGGUACGGCGGCACUUUCCAAGGCAUUGAAAACUGCUUCGCCGACCCGUACCACUCGCGUGCGGAUCUAUACAUCCGAGAUACAAAAAGCGCUAUGCCAAAAGAGUUCGAAACGCCAUUAGUCGUCCAUCCAGCUUUCCUUGACGGCUUGUUGCAUCUUGUCUGGCCCAUUCUUGGUCAAGGCAGAAUGGAACUAGAUACACUCUACAUGCCAACAAUGAUCAAACACAUGUCCAUCACUCGCCAUGUACCAUCUGCGGCUGGUGAGUCCGUCAAAGUCUACGGCAAGGGAAAGCCCAGUCAACCGGUGGUGGAACCCACCAAAUUCGAUCUCUUUGCAACUCCGAAAGGCUCCACCGAAGCACUGAUCGCGAUGGAGGGUCUUGUCAUGACACCAAUCAGAGAUUCUGGUGCUGGUGCAGGCGAAGAAGCCCGCAAACUGUGCUACAAGUUUCAGUGGCAGACAUUACCCGAGCCUGAGAGUUCUAUCAAUGGGGAAGUCGAAACCAACGGUCAUGUCACUUCCAAUGGUCAAUCCAAGACGAACGGUGAAACUCUCGCUAAUGGAUAUGUUCAUGUGAAUGGAAAUGACAGCAUUGAGAACCCGCAGGAUAUUUUAAUCACACAGUUUGGUGAGCCUGAUGGCAUUGCUGAUCAAUUAAAUGGUCUCAUUGACAGUGCACCAUUUCCCUGGAGGCCAUCAAUCUCUGAGUUGGAUAAACUCAACAGCACACAGAAACACGUUAUCGUUCUUCAAACCGGAGCGAGCUCGCUGCGGGAUCUUACGCCAGACCUAUUUGAAAGUAUCAAAAAGACAUUACUUGAUGCCUCCCAUGUUCUUUGGGUAUAUCGAACGGAUAUGCCUGAUGCCCAGAUGAGUGUCGGUCUCGCUCGCACUUUGCGGUCUGAGAGAAUGGCCAAGAUCGCCACUCUUGGGUUGAACCCUGAGGACCUCAAGCAGCCUGCAGAGCCGGUUUUCGCUGCCAUGGAUGCAUUAUGGCCAGUUGAUGGUACAGAAGCUUGUCGGGAUUUCGAGUUUAAGAGCAAAGACUCCCAGCUCCUCGUCCUACGUGCCGUGGAAGAUGAUGCGGCCAACUCCUUCGUCCACAGUGAAACCCAUGACUUGACAAUAUCAUCUCAGCCAUUCAGCCAGCCUGAUCGGCGUCUCAAAAUCCAAAUUGGUAGCCUGGGUGCUCUUGACUCUCUAUACUUUGUGGAUGACGAGCCGAAUCCUUUGGGCGACGAUGACAUCGAGUUCGAAGUCAAGGCUACUGGUCUUAACUUUAAAGACAUUGUGGUCUCCAUGGGCCAAUUGGCACAGCCAUACAUCGGUAUCGAGUGUACUGGUGUCAUUUCAUCUGUUGGUGCAAAUGUGAAGGAUCUCAAGGUUGGCCAACGAGUCAUGGCUAUGCCACAUGGCGGCUUUUCAACAUACGCACGAUGCCGCGGCACGAGUGCCGUGCCGAUCCCGGCCAGCAUGUGCUUUGAAGUGGCUGCCACGGUGCCUGUUGUGUUCUGCACUGCGUAUUAUGCGCUCUUCGAUCUGGGGAAACUGAUCCCCGGUGAACGGGUUCUGAUUCAUGCCGGUGCUGGUGGUGUGGGCCAGGCUGCGAUCAUGUUGGCACAGAUGAUCGAUGCCGACAUCUUUGUGACAGUUGGCAGCCCUGAGAAGAAAGAGUUCCUCAUGUCGCAGUACUGCAUCCCGGAAGACCGAAUUUUCUACAGUCGUGAUACUUCAUUUGCUCGUGGAAUCCGGAGAGCCACCAAUGGCGAGGGGGUAGAUGUCGUGGUUAAUUCGCUCGCAGGCGAUCUUCUUCGGGAGACAUGGGAGAGCCUGGCGCCGUUUGGCAGGUUUAUUGAAAUUGGCAAGGCAGAUAUCACGAAGAAUACUCGUCUGGACAUGCUUCCGUUCGAGUACAAUGUCACCUUUUCGUCCGUCGACUUGACCAAGGUUGCCCAGUACAAGCCUCAACUGAUGAAGCGUCUUUUGAAUGACGUCUGUCGCUUGUUCACCUACAGAGCUGUGAAGCCCAUAUCCCCUGUGACCACAUUCCCGAUUUCAGAUAUUGAGACAGCUUUCCGAACGCUGCAAACAGGAAAGAGUAUGGGAAAGAUUGUGGUUUGUCCUCAUCCAGGUGACCAAAUUAAGGCGGUGACACCCAAGAGCAGUUCCGCGGCUUUGAGGCCUGAUGCCUCGUAUAUCCUGAUCGGUGGCACUGGAGGCUUGGGAAGAAGUAUGGCCAAGUGGAUGUCAUCGAAGGGUGCAAGGAACAUUGUGCUCGUGUCACGUAAAGCGUCUGUUAACGACAAGGUACAGGGGUUGAUCGACGAGCUCGCCACCAAGGGCACACGAGUCAUUGUCAAGGCGUGUGAUGUUGGCAGUCGGCAAUCCGUCGAAUCCCUCGUUAAGGAGCAGAUGAAGGACUUGCCCCCUGUACGUGGCGUGGUACACGGUGCAAUGGUGCUUCGUGACAUGCUCUUUGAGAAUAUGACUCUGGAUGACUUUCAAGCUGUGACCGCAGGAAAAGUCGAAGGAGCAUGGAACCUACAUUAUGCGCUGGCCGAGUCACCCGUUGACUUUUUCAUUGCUCUUUCUUCGGUGGCGGGUGUGGUUGGCAACCGUGGACAAGCUGCAUACUCGGCGGCUAAUGUGUUCCUUGACGGGUUUAUGGAAUAUCGCCGAGGACUGGGUCUGCCGGGAACAUCGAUCGACCUGGCGGCGAUUCGCGAUGUGGGGUACCUGGCCGAUAUUGACUCUAAGCGACGAGAAGAAGUGUUGAAGAACCUGGGUAGUUCAACGGUGGACGAGUCAGAGGUGUUGGCGCUCCUGGCAGCGGCUAUUUCAGGCAACCUCGACAAGUCCUGCUCCGGACAAUGCAUUACGGGGCUCAGCCUUGCAGACUCGCUGGAGACAUUUUGGGCACAAGACGCCAAGUUCAGCGUGCUGUAUGAGGCAGCCAAGGCUCAGCAGGGCGACAGCGCCAACCGUGAUGGGCCAGCGGUGCCACUCCAGGUAUUGUUACGGAAAGCGUCAUCCAAAGAGGAAGCACUACAAGCAUGCUACGAGGCGCUGGCCGCCAAGCUCGCGCAAGUGCUGGUGAUAUCGCUGGAGGAUAUGGAUGGGUCGAUCACGGUGGCGUCGCUAGGGCUGGACUCGUUGGUGGCGAUUGAGAUUCGCAACUGGAUUGCUCGUGAGGCCAAUGCCAAUGUGCAAGUGCUGGAGCUGCUGUCCAGUGGGUCAUUGAUGGCACUGGCUGAGAUGAUAGUGAGCAAGUCGCCGGCGUGUACUUUGAAUGAAUGAAUGAGCUGUAUAAUGUGUUGAUCUACUUGUUUAAUGUUGUUGGUUAUUCCUUAUAUACAUUUAGAUCAGUCUAAUGGUAUAUAUUCUUUACAAUGUUAUGCUACAUGUGC